GAUGGAGCGAUAGGAGAGGUCCUGGAACAUGCAAACUCAGGCAAAUCUCCCAGGGUCCAAGGGCCAGGAGGAGGAAGAGGAGAAGAAGGAUGCUUUGAUGCCCCAGUGACAAUCCUAAAUCCUCUGGUACUCUCCUGGGGAUGUACUGCUGUGUCCAACCUUGAGUCAACAGAAGAACCAUCCAGACACACACAGAGGCACUUACUCCUACAGUCAAGCAAAUAACUUUCUAGCUGGACACCCUUGUCUUCUACCUCUGCAACAGCAACUCCAGGUCCAAGGAACUUUCCCACAUAGAUUGAGAUUGCCUGUAUCUGAGAAACAUGGAGUACACAUUCAGAGCAGUAACCCACAAUCCUGGGAUUAUAAUCUGGCGAAUCGAGAAAAUGGAGCUGGUGCAGGUCCCUGAAAAAUCACAUGGCAACUUCUACGAGGGCGACUGCUACAUCCUACUCUCUACCCAGAAAGUGGGCAGCUCUCUGUCCUAUGACAUCCACUACUGGAUCGGCUCCCAGUCCAGUCAGGAUGAACAGGGUGCAGCCGCAGUCUACACCAUCCAGCUGGAUGAGUUCCUGGGAUCAGGGCCCAUCCAGCACCGCGAGGCCCAGAACCAUGAGUCGGAUGCCUUCCGGGGAUACUUCAAACAAGGGGUCAUCUAUAAGAAGGGUGGGGUGGCAUCAGGAAUGAAACACAUAGAGACCAACAGUUAUGACAUCCAGAGACUGCUGCAUGUGAAAGGGAAGAAAAGGGUCAGCGCCAUGGAGGUAGAGAUGAGCUGGAAAAGCUUCAAUCUUGGGGAUGUCUUUCUGUUGGACUCUGGUAAAACCAUCAUUCAGUGGAAUGGACCAGAGAGCAACAGACAGGAGAGGCUCAAGGGCAUGCUGCUGGCUAAAGACAUUCGGGACAGGGAGCGAGGGGGUCGGAUGGAGAUAGGGGUGAUAGAAGGGGAAGCAGAGGCAAAUUCCUCUAAACUGAUGGACAUCCUGACUAGCAUCCUGGGGCAACGGACCUCCAAGCUGCCCAGUGGAACGCCUGAUGAAAUAGCUGACCAACAACAGAAAGCGCAGCUUACUCUGUACCAUGUGUCUGAUGCUGAGGGCCAGAUGAAAGUCAUAGAAGUUGCCACUAGGCCACUGGUUCAGGACAUGUUAAAUCAUGAUGACUGUUAUUUCCUAGACCAGGGAGGGGUGAAGGUCUUUGUGUGGAAGGGGAAGCGAGCCAACAAGGCAGAGAGACAGGCUGCCAUGUCCAGAGCUUUGGAGUUCAUUAAGCUGAAGAACUACCCCACCACCACCAAUGUGGAGACAGUGAAUGACGGGGCAGAGUCUGCCCUCUUUAAGCAGCUGUUCCAGAGCUGGAGUGUGAAGGAGCAGACUGUAGGCCUGGGCAAAACACACAAUGUGGGGAGAGUGGCCAACAUCACUCAGGAGAAGUUUGAUGCCACACGGAUGCAUGUGAUGCCAGAUGUAGCAGCACAGGAGCGCAUGGUGGAUGAUGGCACUGGCCAAGUGCAGGUGUGGCGUAUCGAGAACCUGGUGCUGGUCCCAGUGGAAUCCCAGUGGCAUGGCUUCUUCUAUGGAGGAGACUGCUACUUGGUCCUCUACACUUAUGAGGUCCAUAACAAACUCAACUACCUCCUUUACAUGUGGCAGGGGCGUCAUGCCUCUCAGGAUGAGAUAGCGGCAUCUGCCUUCCAGGCCGUGGCCCUGGAUCAAAAGUAUGGUGACCAGCCUGUACAAGUAAGGAUCACCAUGGGCAAGGAACCCAGACACUUCAUGGCCAUGUUCAAGGGUAAAAUGGUUAUAUUUGAGGGUGGUACCUCCAGAAAAGGAACAUCUGACCCAGAGCCACCCAUCAGAUUGUUCCAGGUCCGCGGUUCUGAAGCCUCCAACACCAAAGCCAUCGAGGUGCCGGCCCUGGCAGCCUCGCUCAACUCAAACGAUGUCUUUCUGCUGAGGAGCCAGUCCGGGAUUCACCUGUGGUGUGGCAAGGGAUCAAGUGGGGAUGAGAGAGCCAUGGCGAAGGAGGUCAGUUCUGUAAUUGGACAGCACUCAACUGCUGAGGAGAUCGUGGCGGAGGGUCAGGAGCCUGUUGAAUUCUGGGAUUUACUUGGAGGGAAGGCCCCUUAUGCCAACGACAAGAGACUACAGCAGGCUGCUCUGGAUCAUCAGCAGCGUCUCUUUGAAUGCUCCAAUAAGACUGGUCGUUUCAUCGUUACCGAGGUGACCCAGUUCACACAGGAUGACCUCAGCGAGGAUGAUGUUAUGCUGCUAGACACGUGGGACCAGGUUUUCCUCUGGGUAGGGAAUGAGGCCAAUGAGUUGGAGAGGAAGGAGGCUGUGGUCACCAGUCAGGAGUACCUGCGAACCCACCCAGGGUCCCGGGACCCUGACACCCCCAUCAUCCUCAUCAAGCAAGGGUACGAACCCCCCACCUUCACCGGAUGGUUCACCGCCUGGGACCCCUCCAAAUGGAGCGGAGGGAAGACUUACGAAGAGCUGAAGAAAGAGUUGGGGGAGGUGACAUUCCUCGUAAGGAUCACAAAUGAGCAGAAUGGUGUUGAGACCAAGAAGAACUUCCAGUCUUACCCACCAAAGGACCUGAUCAACAAACUAGCCAAUGAGCUGCCUAAGGGUGUCGAACCCACCCAAAAGGAGAAACAUCUCUCAGACUCAGACUUCAGUGCCAUAUUUGGAAUGUCUAAAAACCUGUUUGCCAGCCUGCCUCUAUGGAAGCAGCUGAGCAUUAAAAAAGGCAAGGGCUUAUUUUAAGGGGACUGAAUCUCUCAUAAUUUUGCAUCAAUUUCCAGAUGUUGAAAUUUGCAAAGCAUACUAAUUGUACCUUGUUCCAACAUUACUUUUAAUUUGUCUUAUUAUUUUGUUCUAAUUUCAAAGUCUGUCAUAAAUUCAAUGGAUGUCAGAAGACAUUAACUUAGAUAUUUAAUGUUUUGUGCAUUUAAAAAAAUAUUUUGAUUGUACAUGUCUACCUCUCAAUCAAACACCCAUGUUAAAUACAAUCAAUCUAAUAAAAAUAUCAGUGUAUUGUCAAUUAUUAUAUUGCAUCUUCGGACCGCGCACAACUACCAAAUAUCCUGUAGUUUUGUUGAUUGUAAUAUGGUAGGACUCAAUAUACAAAUAAAAAAAGGGGAGAUGUCUCUCAUUGUUGUGUG